UGCGUGAGCAUGUUGACAGAUAUCCAAAUACUGUCUGCGCUCUGAUUUAUAUGUUUUUGAAUUAACCUUCUCUACAUCAGCCUGCAGUCAUGCUGCCGCUGAAGGAGAAGGACAAACCCAUCGUCCAGAAGCUGCUGUCUGCUGGCUGCUGUGCUCGCUGUGUCCUCCGGUUCUGUUGCGUGAGUGUCCAGGCCGCCUACAGACAACCACAGCAGGAAACCCUUAAGGAGCUUAAAGCUUUCAUCGCAGAUACAGAAAACAGCAAAUGUCAAGAUUCAGCAGGACCAGACUCCAGAGAUGAAAACAACAAGUCCCAUGAAGCGGCAGUGUCAGACACACCUGAAGACCCUCCCAGUAAAAGAGCUAAACUGGAGCCCAGCGUGGCUGCUGCUCAGUGUGAGGAGGAGGACGCUGCUGCUGCUGUGGUUAGGCCGAAGGACGACGAGUCACCUGUGUGUGUGGUGUGUUUGGGAAUCCUGCAGGAGCUCUGUGGCACGAUCCAGGCCGUGAAGAUAGCAGAGGCAGUGAAGGCAGAAAGCUAUGAGUUCGACACGCUGGUGCUGUCUGUGUCUCUGCCUGCCCAGCUGUGUGUCCGAGAGCACUCCUGUUGGCUCCACGUAAAGAAGGAAGUGAGAGAGAAGGGCUUGGUGUUCGACAAGGAUGAUGUCAUCCAGGUGAAGGAGGCCUUCAAGUGGAUCAUGCAGGGCCUGGUUGCCAAGGAGCUGGGGGGUGUUGCCGUAGUUACCAGGAGUGCAUUCGAGGUCGGCGUAGAGUUUACUCACCCUCAAACGGACGCUGACUGCCACUUCCUAGCAACGACUUGUCCUGAUUGCUUCAAACCCACCAAGAACAAACAGUCUGUGUUCACCCGGAUGGCAGUGGUCAAAGCUCUGGAAAAAAUAUCUGAUGCCAAAUUUCUGAAACAUUACCCAUGUCCUCCAACACAACCCACCAGCAGCUGCAUCUCUCAGGACAUCCAGUGUCUCCACGUGUCCGUCUUUGUAGCAGGCAGGUACAACAAGUUCUGCCGCAGCCUGCCUCAGACGCCCUGGGUGAUCGAUGGAGAGAGGAGGAUGGAGUCCUCGGUGGAGGAGCUGAUCGCAGCACCCAUUCUGUCUGCCUUCAGAGCCGACGGAUUUAAUUUCUCCUCGUCUGGCAGAGAGGAUGUGGACGUCCGAACUCUUGGAAAUGGACGUCCAUUCGCGAUGGAGCUGCUGAAUCCUCACAAAGCGAGACUGAACAAAGUGGAGAUGAAGAAACUACAGGAGAUCAUUAACAAGUCUUCAGACAAAAUCAGAGUGAGAGAUCUGCAGAUUGUUACCAGAGAGGCCAUGAGUCGGAUGAAGGAGGGAGAGGAGGAGAAGACCAAGACGUAUACAGCGCUGGUCUGGACCCAGAAACCCAUCCAGAGAGAAGACAUCGGCUUUAUUGAUGACAUCAAGGACCUGACUCUGGACCAGAAGACGCCUCUGAGAGUUCUGCACCGGCGAGCGCUGGCCGUCCGACAGCGAGUCAUCCACAGCAUGAACGCCCGCUUCCUGGACCCACAUCACUUCUACCUGGGCCUGAAGACGCAGGCUGGAACUUACAUCAAAGAGUUUGUCCACGGAGACUUUGGCCGCACCAAACCGAACCUGUGUCAGCUGCUGAAGACGGACACAGACAUCCUGGAGCUGGACGUGGAGUCUGUGGAUGUGGACUGGCCUCCUGCCAUCCCAGAGUGAACGCCACGCCGAGGCCGGCCUCGUCCAGCGUCUGAGAGCUCACAGCUUCCACCGAGCUGUCAGCAGCACAACACCAACCGGCUCAGAGGUUCACAGCGUGUGUGAUGGAAAACAACAGGAAAAAAAGCUGUUUGGAUACGAGGACGCUAUGAACAGUACAGUCCUGUCGGGGAGUCUGCUCCUCUCCGGUUCUGGAUGAUCUUUUCCAGCUCAGUGCAAGUCAAAUGUGACUUUAAUUGGAUCACAGACUAAGUUUAAUAACACCUAAUAGUGACCUCAGUCUGUUGUGACCAGCAGUAGGCAGGUGGAGCUGUGUUGCUCAUUUAGUUUUUUCUUUUUGGUCACAUGGAUGAAGAGCAGAAGGACAGCGUUUCUUAGAUUUUUCUUUUUGGUUUCUGAAGAAGAAAACAUGUACCUUCAAUCCCUCUGUGCACAUAUUUCCUUUUGCAUUUGUCUUCAAUAAAAGAAGUUUGUCCCGAGAGUGGUGGCCGAGGAAA